UAUAUCCUCUCUCUUUUGUCCCUUUCUAUACGUAAAAUAUAUGUUAUAUAUAUGCUGUUUUCAUUUUAACAGAUAUUGUUCAUAAGGGAAAUGUUCAACGCUGUUCGAUCAGUUAGGGUACAGCCACCAUCAGCAGCUGUUUUCUCUUCUCAACUGCAAAAUAACAUCAGCAGGAGAGGCCGUAGAGUCAGAUUUGUGCAAGCCAUGUCAGGGCCUAAUAAACCACCGAGCACUGAGAAAAUAGAGAAGUCACAGGAAUCCAAAAAUCAAAGAGGGGGAUGUAUUGAUUCAUUUGGAGAAGGAUAUGCUACGAGGUCUGACGAAGAAGGAUUUGGUGGAAUCUAUGGACGGAAUUCCGGAGAGGACGAGGAGACAAAUGUUCAUGGAAAUGCUCCGGAAUAUGACGAAUCCCAAGGGUGUGAAGUGAAGGAGAAGGAAAGAGCUCGAAACCAGAAUUAAAGAUGCAUCUCAAAGCCCAGGGACGUCUUCGCGCCCCACCCUCCCGGCCCCCCCAACUUUUCAUCCUUUUUGUUUUUUAUUUAAAUUAGAAUGAUGUAAUACUCUGUAAUAGUUUUCUAGGGUAAAUACUUCUCUGUAAUAGUUUUCCAGGGUAAAUACUUGUACCAUGUAAGAGAUUGUAAAGAAUAAAAUGUAUUUGGAUGUCUAAUUUUCACUUUA